AUGCUGUGCAGGAUAUAAGCCACACAUAUUCAUCACUCGAAUGCACGGACAGCUGUCUUGACGACCCUCUCUUAGUUGUCCUUUCACCAUCGAACUGCCAUAGUCUUCAGCGCGACUCGCCCAGGCGUUACCACAACGGCGUAUCAGAAUUUAUCGCUGGCAAUCAGGGGUGUACUAGAGUGCUAGAAUGGCGGUCGAGCAGUUUGUCGUUGUACUCGCAUUUCUCGCUACCUGUCCUCCAGGCGCGUGCGCGAAUCGUAACGACUGGCCCGUCAAGUUGCUGGGUGGUCGCGGAAAUGUGAACUUCGAAGUCUGUGCAGGCCGCAUUCACGAGGCCGCUAACGACUCAGAGCUAUUCACCCAGCUUAAGGAUAGCAUCACCACCGGGACCGGUGAUUCGAUACACUACAGCACCACGACAUGGGCCAAUCUGAGUGCUUCCUGUGCAGAGACCGAGCCCCUCUGCUUCGUCACUGCUAUCACAUACAACGCCUGCUGGCAUACCUGCGGCUCUGGCUCGGAGAGAUUUCGAUGGGACACUUUCUCGCAGCAGUUCGGGAAUUGGCUUCUCCCAUGGCUCGCUCUUUUGUCCCAGCUACCCUGCGGAGCUGACGAUCGCCUCGCGAACCUCAAUUCCGUCAUUCUCGCUGUUGGUUCCCCCGCCCUCGCCGCCUUCUGUAUCGCGGUGACAGCGCUCAAUACCCACUGGGUGAGCGAGCGCUUUUCCACCUACCACUAUCCCAACGUUCGCGACGCUGUCGCUAUUCUCAGCGGCCUCCAGCAAUCACCUCUACGCCUCCAAGAGGAUGGCGAGCUGCUCACCUCGCUCGCCGUCCUUCACCAGAACGACGACUGGUGGUCGGAACUUGCCCACUGGCUCGAUCACUCGGCCAGCACGUAUGUGUGGUCCAUCUCCGCGGUCGCCAACCUAUCAUGGGUUGUCGUGGCCUUCAUCUUCACCAUCAUUAACUCCUUCACCACCGACGACAAACUGGCCAUCGUCAAUUCCGAUGGGCAGGCUAACGGAGUUCUCUGGCUCUGGUUGCUCGCCAUCGUCAUCAGCUGGCUGCGUAUAUCACCAAAGUGCGACGCGGGGAGGCUUCGAAAUGCGGUGACGCAUGCCAAUGAUAUGGCGUGGGUGGCGACCGCUGACGGUGACCCCGUGAAGGUCAAGGACGUAGGAUCGUCGCAAUACCGCGCCCUGUCUCUGUACAAGAGCGACCUGGAUUCGGUGCUCAAGGAUCAUUUGGCGAUCCCGCCGAUAUACAACUAUGCACGUGUUUUCUCGUGGACGCGUAUUGUGGAAGAGGUGGCGCGGGUCUUUGCCGCUGCCGACAUGCACAACGACGCGAACUUGCCAGUCUCGAGUGACGGACGCCAGUACCAAAUGCCUAGUAAAACUAUCCCGCGCCCACUGGGCAAUCGAGAGGGAACGCUCGACGAGAUUGAGGCAUAUUGCGGCGGGCGAAACCCUGCUCCCCACUGGACGCCCGGUCUCUGGAAGCGUAUUGCGGUGGCUUCUGCCCUGGCUAUGCUUCUGCAGUGGGGGACUACGGGGUCCGCGAUCUUGGAUAUCAUCUACACGCCCGCGAGAGGCCUUGGCUGUCGUUCUGCCGCCUACGUGCUCUAUGGCAUUGUCGCCACCAUGGUGUGGGUCCUGAUGCUUCUGUCCAGUAUCUUGACGCACUAUUCAAUAGCCCCAACGGCGACACCAACGCGCCCGCCUGACACUCUGUAUGAGAUGGUCCAUAACCGAUCGAACUCUGGAAGCUCAACUCGACUCCUCGCGCAGACAUCAUACCGCGAUGACCCAACUCCCCGGCCCAUUCCAGCCCUCUUCGCGAAAUCCCUCCGGCGAGCGGGCAAGAUCCUCGCAGCGGCAAACACAUGCUUCGUCAUCGUCACCUGCGCGUUCCAGUUCGCCAACGUCUAUGACUCGUGUUACUGCAACAGCAGCGCCCUCGGACUGGGAUCGAAGGCGUAUACGGUCAUUGAUUAUUCGAAAGAGCUGGUUGCUAUCCACCAGACGCAGGGGAUCUGGGUCGCCAGUUUGACUCUGGGAAUAGGAUCCGUCCUGACCUUCCUAGGUGCUAUCUGGCUUUAUCUCAAGCCGCGCACGCCCGAGUCAGAUCUUGGAGCACCAUGAGCUGCCUGAACCCUCGUUUGCAGUGUACUUACC